UGUAUGAAAUAAUUCAGUUUCACACUGCUAGAUAUAGUCAAUGGCUGAUAUGUUGCUUAUGCCGACAGGUCACAGGUAGAGGUUCAGGUCAAAGUCCAGGUCCCCUUUUCCAGGUUCACGUCUUACAUGUCAAAGUCCGCUUUUGCUAGGUCAGGUCUGGACAUUUGACCUGGACCUAACCUGGACCAUCCUGUCUCUGGUUUGAAGGUAGGACUUGAUCUGCUUGUCAAAUAGGUCUGAAACCGUUCUCCUCUUGCAAAGUUUUAUGCCGGAUACUGCUGCCAACUAUUCAAAUAAUGAUAAUCGAGAAAAAGCACUGAGAUUUUUUUUCUUUCCAACUCAAAGGUGUACGUGUGAAUAUUACCACCGGAGAUUAGAAAUAUAAUGCUAUACAGAAUUACAUCGGCAAAAAAAGAUGAGACAAACGCGUGAACGAUGAGACAAACGCUAAGUAGUUGAAAAAUACAAUUUAAAUAGAUGUCGUGCGGGAGAUAUAAAUGUCAAUCGUUUUAAACAGACUAAAAGAACUCUAUAUUUUAGUCAAAAUACCACUGCUUGAUGCAGUUUUCUCUGCUCUUUCAAAUGGUAUUUGUUGAUCAGCAACUCUCCGGGCUCAUCUUUCCCGAUUAUCGAUUUCUACUACCUGGCUGUAAUCAGCGUUCCAAACGCUAUCAACCUUGAUAGUCAUUAUUAAAUUUCAUGAAAAAAUUGUUUUUUCGAAAUUGUUUUUUGAUCAUUUUGUAGAGGACAAGAAGUUACCCAACAUAGGUGAAAUUCAGCUUCUCUUCAUGUAAUAUGACUGCACAGCAGUUGACGCACCGCGAAAAUUGAUCGUUUUUUGCCUAAAAAGUUACAAUUUUUUGUCUUGUGCUGACUAGUGUUGAGUCAAUAAAAUUGCAGAAGUACAUAAUGUAGGACAUCUGAAUAUUGGGUUUUGUAUACUUUUUGACGCUCUAUCUUCCUGUAUAUUGCGUUAAAAAGUUGGUUAAUCUGCAGUUGAGUUAUAGGAUCCCAACUUUUCAAGGGAAAGUUUCGAUGAAUUUUUGACGAAAGGCGAGGAGUAGUCAAGAGUGCGGUACGGCUAACUUUUCACCAACUCAAUAUCAGACGCUAAAAAUUUGGAUUUAGAGGUUUUGGAUGAUGCUGAUUCUGAUGGGCAUGUCAAAUCGAAAAGGUCAAAUUUGACCAGUGCCUCGGUUCCUGGGUGGUCUAAUGGGUGUUCUCUCAGGUAUUUGCGAUCUGAUGAGAUUCUAUUCUCACUCUCAUCAUCUACUUUCACUCACUCUUAAGAUAGUGUGAUGCUUUGAAUUUCUCGUCUUACCUUCUAUUGUCUAUAAUAUUAGAUAGAAAUUAUUUCGAUUUUCAUAACUACUUCAAUUUUGAGGAGUUUUGAUUUAUAUGUAAUAAUAGAUUUCUAAAUAUAUCUGAUGAUUGUUCCUUAAGCUAGGAUGAAACACGUCGUGUGAUGCUUACAAUCCUUCCUACUUGAAUUUUCUUUCAAUAGAAAUGGAUUAGUACGCCUAGUUAGAAUAGUCAUAACUACAUCAAUAAUUGGUUGAGUUUUGAUUAUGGUCUAACUUUAUGUACUAGAUUGUAAACAUACCUGAUGAGUCACUUAAGCAAGGACGAAACGUCGUGAGUGAAAAUUUCUUAGAGAAGGAAUAUGAAAACAUUAUUCUAAAAUACAUUCGAAAUGAGAGUACAAAAUUGGAAGAUAUAAUUGUCGACAAAGAUCGACCUAUUAUUUUUGCUAUUUGUAAUAUUGGCAGUGAAAAGAAAGAAGAAAAUGAACAUUGGAUAACGUUUUGUAUUGUAAAAUCUAGUGAAAACUAUUAUGUGUUUAUCAUACAUUCAUUAAAAUCUGAAAUAUAUAAAAGUAGAAAAAAUGAAUUAAAAGAAAGUAUCAAAACAAAAUUGAAUAGUAAAAAGAUUGAAUUUAUUGAGUAUGAUGAUAAUAAUAAUAAUAAUAAUAAUAGUAGAGAAGAAUCUAUUGUUGUUUGUAUAAAUGAUGAUAUUCAUAUAGCUUUUAAUAAUAUGAAAAUUUUUAUUCAAUUUUUAAAAAAUGAAAACAAAAAUUUAACAACAAUUUUUAACAACAAAUUUGAACAAAAAUUUAAAGAAAUAAAAUUUUUUUUCAGUAAUAAUGAAAUUAUUAAUUUUAAUAAAUUCGUAAUAAAAAUAGGAUUAAGUACAAAUUUUCGAACAAAAUUUGUAUUAGAAAAAAUUUUGUCUGCCUUAAAAAUUGUUGUUGAGAAAGAUAAUGAAUAUCAAUUAGUUGAUAAUGAUCAAUUUAAUAGACUAACGAGUACAUUAACAAGUCAAAAUUUUGUGCCAAGAAAUGAUGAAAAAAUUGAUCUUAGAGAAGAUGUUGUCAAAUUUAUUACAAUAUUUAAAGACAGAGGAAAAAUGUUUAGUGAAAUUACUGAAACAAAUUUAAAAACAUAUUUUCAAGCAAAUAAAAAUAAAUAUUCAAAUGAUAUUGAUAGAUUUGAUGAAAAACUUCGUCAAGAUAGUAGAGAUAGUCGAAUAAAAGGUUGUUUAAGUCUUGCUCUAAAAGAUCGAACACAAUUUUUAAGUAGUAUGGGAAAAUUAAGUCGAGAACAAUUAACUAUUGAAGAUUUAGAUCAGUUUAUUAAGUUGUUUGGCGAAAGUAGUCAGGAAAAUAAUUUAAAAAUUCGCAAAGAACAAUUAGAUAAUCAAUUAAGAACAAUUUUAGAUGAGAAACAGAAUAAUAAUAAUGAACUUGUAGUAACAGAACAGGCAAAAUUGAUUAAAAUCAAUUAUGAAAUUAAUGAAAUUCAAGAACAAAUUGAUUAUUAUGUUGCGAAAUUUGAAAUUACUAAAGAAAUUAAUAUUGAUGAUUUAAUUGUGUUACUAGGAGAGAAAAUUGAAUUAAUUAUUACUCCUUACAAUUUUUCAAAAGAGACAAUUGAUAAAAUAAUAGCAAUUGGAAAAAUAACAGAAAAUAAAAAUGUCGCCAUUGCUAUUGUUAAAUUUUUAAAUAUUUUGUCUGAUACAAAACAAAUAGAAGAAAAAAUUGAAAAAGUGUUAGCUAACAUUUUACCCCAAAUUCCUCAAGAUGAUACAGUAAACAUUGUUCUGACUCUUGGUAAAAAGUUAAUAAAAAUUGUAAAUUAUUCGAGUUUAUUAAAAUUUAUGUACGAAAUAUUAAUCGAGAAUAAAAAUAAAAUUUUGAGACAAAAUGCACUUAAACUUUUACAAACGUGUGAAUUUUAUCCAAAUAAUCUUAAAUAUAUAAAUCAAACAAUUAAAUUAGAAGAAAAAUGUUUGAAUAAAGAUAAAAAUAUAUUUGAAGAUUGUUUAGAACAAGUAAAAAAUCAAAAUAAAUUAACAUUCAAUUGUUUUGAAGAAUUAAUAGAACAUUUUUCUGCAAAUGAAAUUAGUAAAAUAAUUGAACAGAUUGUGGAACAAGAUAUACAAAAGAUACCGGAAGUUUUUAUUGAAAAAUUUCAUGAAUAUCAAAAAAUAUCUUGUUCAGAUAAGAACAGUCAAACAACAGCAAACAUAAUGAGUAUUAGAAAAUCAUUGAUUCGAGGAAAAUAUAUUAAUUUAACACAAAUUCAAAAUAUUGGAGAAUUAAUUGAUCAUCCAAACGUAAGCAAUGAUGUUUUUGAUAUUUUGUUUGCUGAAUUUACUAAUGGAAAUAAUAUUCCAAAUGAUAUCAUUGAAAAAGUUAAACGUGCAGCAAUAACUAAUGAAUAUGCAGAAAAUUUGAUAAAAUUAAUAGAAAAAACGUCUAGUAGUAUUGAUAUAGUAGGAAAUCCGAGAAAACAUUUAACAGAACGAAAAGACGCUCUUGAUAAUAUUGUAAAUGAUAAGCGAAAUCAUACACCGUAUGCAGCGAAAAUAUUAAAAAUGCUUAUUAAAAAUGAUAAUUAUUUAAGAGAAGAUUGUUUUAAAGCAUUGAUAAGAAUAUUGCCAGUUGAUUAUACAAAAACAAAUUUUAAAAUUGAUUUAAAUGAAAUAGCAAAAUCUAUUUGUGAUUGUAAUAUUAGCAUAGAAAAUCUUUCUAUUUUAGUACAUAAGGAUAAAACAGCAGAUUUAUCACCUAUUUUGCCUAUAAUAAUUGAUCGAAUUGUUGAUCAACAAGUCAGUGUACUGACUUUAUUAGGUGAAUGA